CUCAUUUCUGUUCCAAACCGAAAGAAAAAAACACUUCCUUUCCUCUUCCUCCCGACUCCUGAGUGAGUGACCUACCAACCCAAGCCCAACUCGGCUCAAAUCUCCCCCACUCCACCACCGCGCGCCCCGUCGUAGCUCCGCGUCACCGCCGGCGCCUCAAUCCCGCCCGGCACCGGCCCCCUGACACCGCCCGCCUCUCGCUCGCGCCGCCGCCGUCCUCUCCCGUCCGUCCUCAUCGCAACAUCGUGUUCUUGCUGCCUCCGCCGUCCGCAGUCGUUGGCCAUUGGGUUCGAGUAUUUGGGAUGAAGCAGGCAUUGAGCAUUGAUCUCAACAUGAACAGGCACUAACAAGAAAUCUCUACGUUUCAGAUCCCGUUGUGUGGAGGGUUUUUUGUUGGUCCACUGGGGAAAUGGAUGCUCCAAUGCAUCAACUGUUUGGCAGAACAUGAUAGUUUAUUAAACUGCAGGACUUCACCAUAAAUAUAUAGCCCAGUUAAUUCCUCUGCAACUUAUUUCUUAUUCAACAUGCCACCAUGGUGGGGAAGGUCUUCAUCCAAAGAAGUAAAGAAGUCGGCCACAGAAAAUCUAAUUGACACAUUUCAGCGGUUCAUAAGUCCAAGUGAGCAAAAGGGGAGCACAAAAUCACGAGGGGGUCGCAGACGUGGUAAAGACCAAACUGCUGAGAAACGUUGCUGGUCUACUGCCCACUCACGCUCCACAUCCCCUUCAAAAGAGGUUUCUCGCUGUCAAAGCUUUGCAACAGAUAGAGCACAUGCACAACCACUCCCUCUUCCUAGAUCACGUGCUGGGGUGAGACGUAUUGUAUCUGAUAAUCCCGACUCAAAGCCCAUUUUGGACAAGAGUGGUACAGGACAUCAACUACCACUGCCAGCCCUGAACCGGCUUGCAACUGCUUCUGUCUCCAGCAACAGUUCUAUUGACAGUGAUGAUCGUGCAGAUUCUCAACUUCAGAGCCCCGCAGGAAAUGAGGUGACCAAUGUUACAGCACCGAGUAGUUCAAGUGGUGUGCGUAAAGAGUGUUCAGGUGCUACCACCAGAAGGAGCACCAAGGAAGUGACAAAGCCAAGAAAUGCUUUUCCCAGUAACCAAAUUCUGUCUACAUCUCCAAGUGGUGCUGUCACUGACAGUUACCAACCUAGUUUGCAAAAUUCACGACAAGUUGCUCUUGAGAGUGCUCCAAAUAGUUUGAUGUCAAGCCCUUCUCAAAGCCCAAGAACAAUAUUUCCUGACCAGAUUCCAACAUCAGCUUUUUGGGUGGUGAAGCCUCAGCCAGAUGUAGUUUUCCUUGGGUCUGGUCAGUGCUCCAGUCCAGGCUCAGGGCAAACAUCUGGGCAUAAUUCAGUGGGAGGUGAUAUGCUAGCUCAGUUCUUUUGGCAGCCUAGCCGAGGUAGUCCAGAGUGUUCACCAAUUCCAAGCCCAAGAAUGACGAGUCCUGGUCCAAGUUCAAGGGUGCAUAGCGGAAGCGUCUCUCCGUUGCAUCCAAGGGCUGGUGGGAUUGUACCUGAAUCUCCAACUAGCCGGCGUGAUGAGGGGAAGAAAAGGCAAACCCACCGAUUGCCUCUUCCACCAUUAAGCAUCUCUAACAGUUCCCCAUUUUUACCGAACAACUCUGCACCAACAAGUCCUAUAUCUCGUAGUCCUGGUAGAGCAGAGAAUCCACCCAGUCCUGGACCACGGUGGAAGAAGGGAAAGCUGAUUGGGCGUGGCACAUUCGGCCAUGUAUAUGCUGGCUUUAACAGUGAUAGAGGCCAAAUGUGUGCAAUGAAGGAGGUUACCCUUUUCUCAGAUGAUCCUAAGUCAAAAGAAAGUGCAAAACAGUUGGGCCAGGAAAUAUCACUUCUGAGCCGUCUGCAACAUCCAAAUAUUGUACGAUACUAUGGAUCUGAAACGGUUGAAGAUAAGCUUUAUAUAUACCUGGAGUUUGUGUCCGGUGGAUCCAUCCACAAGCUUCUCCAGGAGUAUGGACAGUUUGGUGAACAAGCAAUUCGGAAUUAUACUAAGCAAAUACUUUUGGGCUUAGCUUAUUUGCAUGCGACGAAUACAGUUCACAGGGAUAUUAAAGGUGCAAACAUAUUAGUAGACCCUAAAGGCCGCGUAAAGCUUGCCGACUUCGGAAUGGCGAAACACAUCAAUGGGCAGCAGUGUCCUUUCUCACUUAAGGGUAGCCCAUACUGGAUGGCUCCUGAGGUUAUAAAGAAUUCUAGCGGAUGCAACCUUGCUGUUGACAUAUGGAGUUUAGGAUGUACAGUUCUAGAGAUGGCUACCUCAAAACCUCCAUGGGGCGAAUAUGAAGGGAUUGCUGCAAUGUUCAAGAUAGGGAACAGCAAGGAGCUUCCACCAAUACCGGACCACCUUUCUGAAGAGGGCAAGGAUUUCAUACGACAGUGCCUGCAACGUGAUCCAUCUAGCCGUCCAACAGCAGUGGAUCUUUUGCAGCAUUCAUUUGUACGAAGUGCACCACCACUUGAAAGACCAGCUGCCUCUGUUCCAUUGGAACAGUUGGCUGCUAUAUCUUGCAAACCAAGUUCUAAGGUGGUUGGGCAGGCUAAAAAUAUGCCCUCUUUGGGCUUGGAAGGGCCAUCCAUUUACCAAAGAAGAGCUGCCAAGUUUUCUUCAACAAACAGUGGGAUUCAUAUUCGGAGUAAUACAUCUUGCCCAGUUUCUCCGUGUGGAAGCCCUCUUCUAAGGUCAAGAUCCCCACAACAUCAAAAUGGUAGAAUGUCACCUUCUCCAAUUUCUAGCCCCAGAGCUACUUCUGGUGCUUCCAGUCCUGUGGCAGGUGUCCAUGGAGCUAUUCCGUUUAGCCAUGCCAGACAACCAGCUUACAGCAAUGAGGGAUUCACAAUUGCACCGAGAGGCCUUGAUAAAAACUUGCCUACCCGGCCUCCGGAUCCGGUCCUUGGUCAUUUUGGUAGAGCGCAGCAAUUCUCGACAUGCACUCAGGAGAGGGUGAUCUCUGAAUGUGACAUUCUGAGACCUCAGACUGGAAAAAUGAGACGGCUCAAUGUGCAAGAUUUGAAUGCUACCACAUUGGCUUCCAAGCAUGUUUCUCAGCAUGGCUCUGGUAGUCACAUGAGGCUAAAACCUUCACUGGACUUGACAUCUGGUAAUCAGCGCCUUGUGCGCAACCAUGGUCAUUGAUUCUGAAGCAAAGGUUGGGCGAUAGCGUUGAGUUGAGUUUGAUGAGAUAUCUCCAAUGCUAGUUUGCCCAUCUCUCUGUUAAGACCUGGAAUUGUAUCAUAAUACAAUAAGGAUAUCAAACUAAUUAUUACAGAUGCUGACAGUUGACAAUUCAUAUAGACUCUCCAAAGUGAUUUCCAUUAUUUCAACUAAAGAUGAGACUUGCCCUAUCAGGAAGAGGCGUAGACUGACUGCCUGGUCUGCAAUUGUACAUUAGAGCGUCUUCACACCAAAUGAUCCAAAAUUUGUGGUGCUGCUGUGCCCGUAUCUGCUUCUUCUUUUCCGUCUUAUCAUUAUGUGGUUCGGAGGCCAUUGAAAACUCCAUUGCCUUGUACAAAAGGAACCUCACAUGAGAGCGCAACUGAGCCAUCCAGUUAAGUUAAUUAUUACCCAAAUAUGAACAUGUAUGCAUCUCAUUCCAUGUACCCUGGAAAUUGUGCAAAGAUUUGGAUGUUUAAUCAAACUUGACUUCAUGAAAAA